UCUGACAUCAGCAGUCAUGGAGGGAUGGCACUUUUUUCUGGUCAUUGUCUCAGCAUUGGUUUCCUCCAGUCACAUCUGUGUUUGUGGAUCAGUGAUGGAGGUGACAGUUCAUCAAGGAGACAACAUCACUCUCUAUUGUGACUGCAAAGUAUCAUUUGGAGUCUACAUCAUAUGGUACAGAAACUGCUCUCACGACAACCAGCCUUCACUUGUUCUUAGAACACGUCAGAGAAGUUCAGGACAAACUCUCCCUCCUCGUUUUGACUUUGUGAAGAACCAGUCCUCUGAAUCCUAUGACCUGUUGAUCCAGAAUCUCAUUGAGGCAGAUGAAGGCCUCUACUACUGUGGAACUACAGAACCAAAGGUGGAGGACCAAGAUAAGAUUUACAGAAGAAGCAUUUACAGCUAUGGUAAUUUCACAACAAGGAUCGUGUUCAAACGUAAUGAGACUUCUCUCUGUGAGUCUACACCAGACUGUGACGCGUGCUGGAUUCUACUCGUCUCUCUGUGUCCAGCUCUGUCUGUCCUCUCCUCCCUCCUCUCCUCACUUGUGGUGUAUAACCUCUGUAAAAAGAAGGCUGAAGAACCUCCAGGUGAUCAACAAAGACCUCACGCCAGAGAUCAAACAGGACAGAUCCAGGAUGACGAUGUGUGUUACGCUGCUCUUGAGAUCCAUCAGACAUCACAGAGACCAAAGAAGAAGAAACCCAAGAAUUCUGACUUCAGCACCUAUUCUGCCAUCAACACGUUGAGGAACUAACAAUCCAGCUUCUGCCAUGACUUAUUACCUUGUUAUUUUACUUUUGCUGUUUUCUUUUCUAAGUGUGGGUAGUCUAGUCAUUGUUUGAUGUUCAAAUAUUAUAUUCUAUGUACACAGAAAAAAGCACAUUGUGCAUCAUAUUUUUAUGCACCACUUAAAUGGCUGAGUAAAAAUUAAAGAAUGUUAAGAAAUUAAAGAAGAAUCUCUGGAUUAAGAGAUGGUUGAUUGUACUACAGCUUCAGGGUUUUCUUUUUAAUCUAGUGCAUUUGAUAAAGCUUCUGAGGUUCACUAUCGAGACUGUUCUCAGGCAAUUUCCUGUUUUUAUCUCAAGCUAACCCCAAUGCUGCUACCUCUCCAGAACAAUUUGACACAAAUAUCUGCAGUGUUGAAGCUUAUUCUGUUGCAGAGAUUAGAAUUUUGAGCCUCUAUUUUAUUUAAAAAGAAUUAACAAAUAUUAAAACUGGGCACAAAAGACAAAGACUGAUGAAUUUUCUUACAACUUAUUCAUGGGUCUGACCCUGUGAUUACAAGAAGUCACAAGGAGAAUCAGCAUAACAGUAAAGGUAACUUAAAACGCAUAAUGUCACACCUUUGCAUGAAGGCAGUUGCAGGAAACCCACACUGCCAAAACAGGUAGUUCAUCAUGCUGGUGACGCACUGAGGCUGCAGGUCAGUGCACUCAUUGUUAACACUCCACUGUAUUUGUCAAGAAGAAUCAAACAAGUACACACAAACCAAAUCAAGUCACAAGGGGCAAGACGUUCUUGAUCUAGCUGAGGAAAUUAAUGGGUCAGGUUGGAUCAGACA